ACAACAAUACAAUUUUGAAGCCACUUUAGCCGCGGCCUAUCAUAAGGGUGGACCUCCUCACACAUACUGAACAUAGUAUUGAACUUACAAUCAUACUCUGCCCACUCUCAAUUUCACCUCAGAAGUAACCUCAGGUGCAUUUUGGGCAUUUGCUGUAUCAGUCACUCUUCGGGUGUUGUAACUAUGCACUCUAUCCAAACCAGCUUUACUCGCCAUGCCCACUUUAGCCCAAACAUAAUUGUUUAUAACCGCUUUCACUUCAAUACCAGCAACACUUUCAAACUCGCAGGUUCUGCUUUCCGCAUUCCACGUUUGCGCGUUGCAGUUAAAAAUAGGGAGGAAGCAGAAUGGCAAACUCAGGAAGAAAAACAAUUCGAGGAUGAGGUGGACCCUGCUGAUAUUCUCUUGGGGGAUUUUGACGAUCCCGAAAAAAUGCGGAAACAUGUAGAGAACAGGAUAAAAAAGAAGCAGAAAACUAUUUUUCAGACGAACACUGGGUCAGCUGAGCCAAUGAACGUUCUGUUCAAUAAAUUUGACUACUCUGACUCCUACAUAUGGUUUGAAUUUGAACACGCUCCAUCAGACAACGAUUUAAGGAUUAUCAGCAGUGCAAUACGAUCUUGGUUUGUGCUUGGCCAUUUAGGAGGUUAUAAUUCGAGCAAUAUUCAGUUGACAGAAUUGCCAGUAGAUAGGCAGCCAAGUUAUGAUAUUGAGCAAGCAAAUAAGAACACGGAUGAAAGAAUUACCUUUGAAAACAUUGGGGAUAUAGAGAUUCAGGACAAGUUGGCAAGGAUUUGGGUCGAUAUAGGAAAUUCUGAUCCGUUGACUUUGGAUGUGUUAAUUAACACUCUUAGAUCUUUGAGCUCAGAAUAUAUAGGGAUCAAGCAAUUGGUUUUUGGUGGAAAACGCUGGGGUAACUGGAAAGAAAGAAAGGCAUCUUCAAAAGUCAAAUCCAAAGUAUGGAAAAUUUAAAUUGUUUAAUAUAAGUUGUCCACAAACUCAAAGUCAGCCAUACAGUUGUUAGCAUCUUGUACUUGUGCAAAUGCGAAAGGUGAAAUGCAUAUAUGUUCAGCAAGCUUAUAUCCUGUUAGGACUGUAGUGCUUUUAUGAUGUUUGUUUGUUUCCCUUCUGUUCUGACAAGUCAUCGUGGAUUAGUUGUCUAUUUUAUGACAGAAAGGUACUGGAGCAAGUAUGACAUUUGUAGGAGGAAGGAAAUUUGCAUGAUAUGAUGCUUCCAAUUGCACAAGAGUUGUUGCAAGGCUAAUAGCACAAUCUUGCUAUUGUUGCUUGGUGGACUAAUUUGUCUUCAAUUAGGCCUUUGAUUUUCUUUCUAGAUUUUAAAGGUGCCUAAUAUUACUCUUAAAUUAAAAGAAUAGUUAUGCUUAUUGUACACAGAAGUGGAUUGAAAGAAAUCACACCCCAUAAAGACCAUAUAAGGCACACCCGAGAAAGAAUAUAAAUUAUCGAAUUGGCACAAUUGAUUUUAUUGA